AUGACACAAGAAAGCAAUAGCAGUCGUCGCGACUGGCGGGACAUGUUUGCGGUGCCCAUAGUCAUCAAGCAGGUGUUUGCAAAGUUUCCUCUUACAAGCUACACGCCAAAUGCGCUACCGACGCGCUCGCCGACGCAUCGAGACGAACACACGCUCUACACCUGGACGACGACAGAAGGCUCCGCCACACACAACAUCUCCUUCAACCCGACAUGUCUGAAAUGGCAGACCUACCUCCUCUUCCAAGGCAUUGCCUUUCGCACCCGAUCCUCCAACAACCACGCCUCCCCCUCUGGCUCUCUACCCUUCCUCCUCCCAGCCGAUUCGCAGAAUCCUGUCGCAUCCAGUAAACUCGAAGCCUGGUCACACACGAAUAGCACGAGUAAAAGUUCGGACAUACAAACGCCGCGUCAAGAUGUGUAUGCAUCACUACUCGACCACGCUGUGAGAAGAGCAUGGCUCUACCUCCUCUACCUCGACCCCGACAACUUUGACAACGUCGCUCGUCGCCUCUACGUUACUCCCUCCUCUUCAAACACUUUUGUCGCUCUAGCAAUCUCACACCAAUUGCGCAAUGCCGCAAAUCAAGAGCUAUUGAAAAUUACACCUGUUGUGAAAGCAGAGGACAUAUUGAAGGAAGCCGUGGAUGCCUUUUCCGCCUUGUCGACGCUGCUGGGCGGAGAUACUUGGUUCUUUGGUCAAGAGAAGCCUGGGUUGUUUGAUGCGAGUGUGUUUGCUUAUACCCAUCUUUUGCUGCAUGAAGAGAUGGGGUGGAGGAAUAAUCCGUUGGCUGAGCAGUUGGCUACGUUCCAGAAUUUGGUGAUGCAUCGUGAGCGUAUCUUGAGCGGUUAUUACGAGCGAUGA